AUGUGGUUGUUGCCGUUUGAAGCGACGCUAGUCGAUAAUGGAGGCUGUGGAGAGGGAGCGGGCAUCGCGUCAGAUAAAGCGAAGAGACGAAUUACCAUGAUCAAAACAAUCCCAACAAGUUUUUUAAAG